GAUUUUCACUUUUUUGUAAGGUUCUUCAACGACGACAUAGUUUUGUGGUUCGCACCACGAGUUAAUCUUAGACAAUGUUAGAACACCAGAAAGCACUGGAUAGCCCUUUUGUUUUAGAGCAGGACUCCUCGACAGUGCACAUCCAUAACCCAAAUGAGGAUCGAACCCUGAGUUUUCAGGUCUCGUGGAUGUUCUAGUUCUCCCUGGUUUUUAGAUGUUGUCUGAGAUUAAUCCGACCUGUAAACUAUGAAAUCCAAUAAUCUUUGAAACAUCCUGUAACAAUAAAUAAGCAAAGUUAAUGACGCCCAACAACGGUGGUGUUUCUUGACUUUUAGGUGGCAUUCGACUCUUGCACAGUCGACAUUUUUUAAAUAAAAUUCCAUUUAUUCCCCCCUUAGGAACGAAUCUCUUUUUAGUUAUUUUCAUAUCAAGUCAACAACAGACGAUGGACUGUCUAAAGUCUAACCUCUGGUUCACUUUAUCAUUAGCCCAAAUGAAAACAUUCAGGACUCGUGACAAGUUUGUUGUACAUAAGCCUUCGUCUUGCAAGUCAUAAAUUCAUUCAUCAGACUUAUUAUUAGCCUCAGAAGAUUCUGUUUUUUUUUCGUUUCUUCUGCAACAAUAUUCAUAACAGGCUGCUUAUCACAGUUUCUUGUUGAAAACCCAUUCGUUAACUAUUUCCACUAGUUUUUUGUGCAACAUUUGUUUUAAGAUCUAAAAGUUCUGAGCAGAAUCUUCCAUUGAAUCAGAUAGUUUCUUGAUAUAUUAAAUCAAUUAUCUCGUCACAUUAUUUUUGUUAGAUUUCCUUAGCUUUUGUGAAUUUGUGAUGGUAUGUACCCCAAUUUCACAUAAAAUCGAGAGUUGUUCUCAAUAGAUGUUAUUAAGAAUAAUCGAAUUCGUUUGUAUAUAAAGCCAUCUUUCUUUUUAUAUCUACUGAUCCUUUCUUUUAUUUCACUCUUUUUCAGUGAUGAAGAUAUGAUAUCCAUAGCAUCACUCAUGUCAUUAAGUCGUACUGGAAGUUUUAACGUUGGCAGUGGAGUAACUAUUAAUGAUCUAGGUGGUGUCGCAGCAUUUUCACCAACAACAGCGAGGCUCUCUAACGUGGAUGAUUUUAAUUCACAUUCCUUUUCAAAUAGUACUUUUCACACUGAUCUUAGUGAAUUAACUGCUAAACUACAAUCUUUGGAACGACGUCAAAUAGAUCCCCUUGUAGAAUCUCCUAUAAAAGCAAACGGAAAUUUUUCAGAUUAUUCUUCAGAAUUAGAUAAUUCCAAAAUCACUCUAAAUAGUUCGAAGAACCAAGAUUCACUCUCAUCUACGGUUGAUGAUAUGUUGACAAAACCACUUAUUCCUACUUUUGAUAAAACAAUUCCUAAUUCAACUGAAUUAAAGCCUAUUUCAACUCAAAGUCGAUAUGAUUUACUUCUAUGGUGUCAGUUGGUGACUAAAUCUUAUGACAAUAUACAGAUAGUUGAUCUUACUACAUCAUUCCAGAAUGGAUUAGCUUUCUGUGCUAUCCUGCAUCAUUUUUUCCCCGAUCGAAUUGAUUACAACUCAUUGUCAUCGGAGAACCCUCUACAAAAUUGUCGCCUGGCAUUCGAUGUGGCUUCUAAAUUGGGAGUACCCCGUGUACUUGAUCCAAGUGAAGUAGUUUCUAAAAGUCGUUCACCUGAUUUGCUCAGUAUGAUGACAUACCUCCAUCAAAUCCGUACAUUUUGCUGUGAACGAACAAAAAAUAAUGAUGAGAACUCUCCAUGUACAAAUGAUAACUUAGUAUUAAAUGGGAUCUUUGAACAAUGUAUCAAAACCAACAACUCAGAAACGAAUCAUAGUUUGCAGAAAAUUGAAAAUCCGCCGGACGAAAACUCAAACAAUGCUAAAAAUAAUUUAACUAAUCCAGAUAAAGCUGUUAGAUCAACACCUAAAAAGAAAAUUCCUUUAAUGAAUUAUGAACAUAUGUUGGCUAAAGCACGUAGUCUCUUGCAGCAAUCACGUCUAAAUUACUUAGCACCAACAAGUCGACCUGGUGCUUUACCGCCUUUAGCGCAUCCUCGUAAACCACAUCCUAUAUCUGGUUCAUUGACAGCAAUUCAUUCAGUAGAUGAAAAUUUUAACCGAAAUCCAGUGACAGAAGAAAGUUUAACGAAUAUUACAUUAACUGAUGGACAAAAUCAUCGAUUGACUGAUACAAAGUUAUGUACAAAACAUCGAAAAUCCCAUAAAACUCUGUACAGAUUUAAUUCAGAUGGCACAAUAUGUAUACCGAAUGUUGAUACCUCAUUAAAUUCCAUUUCUAAGCCAUUUCGAUUUUCAACGAGUAAUAUUUUUCCAACACUUAGUAAACCACCACAGUCAACUGUUGACACAAGGUUUUCUCCGGAACAAAUGAAAGUUAGACGUCUACGUCUGUCACAAAUGAAUCUCUUUGCGUCGGGUCGAGGUAGUGGUGCACCAGUACCUAUACGUAUUGGUGAACAUCAUUUGGAUAAUAAAAUGGAUAACCGAACUCAAGUCUCCACUUCUAUCAAAAAUCAAGGCACUUUAGUCAAUAACAGUUCGUCUAAUGCACUUCUCUCCGUUUCGAAUUAUAUCAGCAAUGAGCAGGCUGAAUUAGAAGAGGCACAAAAGAAGUUAGAUAAAGAAGCAGCUGUACUAGAGCAGCGUUUACGCCAACAAAUGGCAUACGAGCCAGGCACCGCAUUAGAAGAAGAAUUGUUAAGACGAUGGUUUAUUUUAGUCAAUAAGAAGAAUGCCCUAAUUCAUCGGGGCUUCCAGUUGUCUAUAAUGUAAGGCCGUUUAUCCUUUUAUCCGUAUUAUAAGUGUGAUAUUCUUUAUUACUAAUGGAUAUUUCAAUCUAUAUGUUAUCUAAAUAAAUACGUUAUUAACUCAACUUAUACAAUGACAAUUAUUUCAACGGCCUUGCUUCUAUUUUAUCAGAUUGUUGCGAUAACAUAGAGUUCGGAAAAUCAAACAGAUUUAUUGGAUACUUCUAAGAGUCGUCCUCUCUUAGAUUAAAGCAGUAUUAGGGUAUAUUUUGUUGAGAUAUUUUAAAUCAGACUACAUUAAAGACAGAAGCCUGUAAAAUAGAAUAAAGAAGAGAAUAGCGUACAUUCAAAUAAAUCCAGUAGGUUGCCAAAAAGUCGUUUUCCUUUUAAGCUCACUACCAUUUAUUCCAUUGUAAUUUGUCCAGCUUCUUCUGCGAAAUUGGAGCAGUCAAAAGUUGCCAAAUGAGAUCACCUUUUUCCAGUCAGGUGCAAGUUAUUGAUCAAUAAAUGGUUUUAUUCUCUAAGGAGUAGAUAAAUGUAUGAAUUAGUGAUCAUAGAUGUGUACCGGUUUAGCCCGUUGAACUUUCUUUACUCGUAGUUUUCUCACUGGUAGCCACCUAGACUUGCGUAUGAGAAGUUUUUUUAUCAGUAUCAGACUCCAACAUUACUCGUCAUAACAUCUUAUCUAAAAAUUAAGGUAGAUAAACUUUCUUCGAAGCGCUUUGUAAUCCAAUUAAAUUUUUGAAACUAAUUAUUUUGUAUUUAAACCAUCCCAUUUACCCUGAUCCUUUUUUGUGUUAGAACGUACGCGAUAAUCGUCACUUUUUUAUUCUUAGUUGAGCCUGUCGUGAUAAUACAAUGUUCCACCAAAAUGUUAUUAUACCAUUACAUCAAUAACAAAUUGUUUAUUUAUUUCAGGGAGAAGGAAGAUGAUUUGAAAAAGAAAAUGAAAAUGUUGCAGGAUGAAUUACGAUCGAUUUUAUCCGUUGAAGGUAAAUUUAACUGGAUAUUACCACUGACACACAGACUAAGCUACUAAAAUUAACCGGAAACAAGAGUGCCUUGAAGGAUAACCAUAAAUAAGUGGUAUAUUUGUGUUAUAACAUAACGGUGCAAUCACUUACCUUUCCAACAAAUUAUAAAGUGCUAGACAUACUAUUUUUCGUGAUUUCAGUUCUUAAUUUUGCGUCCAAAAACUUAACUUCCCCAUCCUCUAGUGAUCUUUGCUUUUCCCUGUGUGGUUGUCUUUGAGUUUGUUCUUUUUUUAUAUUUAUUAACAGACUACACAUAUAAACAGUGUUCCCCAUAAUUUAGCAUUUUGCGGCGACAAUAAAUUUUUCUUCGAAAUGAACAUGUAUUACGGGCAGUCAGGUGUAAUGCUUGAUAUUGCAUAUUUCUAGCUUAUAAUAGACUCGUCCGAUUCAUAUGUUUAGUGAACAUUUGUCACCUCAAGAAGGUAAGUAGCUUUGAGCUUCAAACGCUCUGCGUCUUACGCGAUUUUUUUUCUGUCUGUAUGAAGUUGGUUGCUAAAAUGAAGGAAGAACAACUUAUUUCUCAUGACAAAAACCGAUUAGUAUUUAUCCCUGAAUUUUUGUAGGCUUAGAUAAAACUACAUCACUUUUAUGUAUCGUUACAUUUGCUUAUCUGGGUCUCGAAAAAUCUAGUUAAGUGUCUUACUUUAUCCUAUAAAUGUGAGAAAUGAACUCGCAACACCUGGAGAUUACGACAACAAAAGCGUUGCCACAAGUUUAUGGGCAUAAAGUAUUUGUUAGCUUAGGCGUUAAGUUCAUCAUUCAAGCAUUCGGGAGUCACGUAGUAUCAUUAAUCACAAAAAAAGGUCUGUGUACAAAUGUAUUUUUUUACCGAGUCACAUUCAGUUAUUAAGCCUCUUUAAUGCAACGUGUGUAAUUUGUGAUUUCAUUAAAAUCUCAUACUAAUCGGUAAAACUUUUCUCGAAAUAAAAUAGAUUAUUUGAAAACAGAUAAUGAUAGAAGACGAGAAGAUCUUCUUUUACAAGAUCUUGUACGAUUGGUCAAUGAACGUGAUGACAUCAUUCAGGAAUUGGAUUUGCAUGAGAAAGUGUAAGUUGUUUGUAUUUUUAACACUUACGAUUUUUGUAACUUAAAGAUUAGCUGAAGAACUAGAACUGGAGCAAAAUGCAGGUUAUAUGUCAUAUGGGAGGCGUAGAAUCGACAAAAGUUGUGUACUACAAUAAUACUUAACUUAUCCAGACAAGCGUGUACAAUGGGCUGUGAUUCAUAAUAGAAAAUAUGUUUCACUAACCACUUCUGUUCGGGAUUUAUUUACUCAUUGAUGUGUACAUCGAUUCCUUUUGAAAAAGAGUACUAUUACAGUCUCUUUCAGCGCCAUAUUUCAAUUACUGUCUCAGGCGAUCACUUUUUCGUGUAUUUUCCCCAGAUGUCAUUUAAUCAGUCUUUUUCUGACUCCUGGAGUAAACAAAUUGUGAUGUUACUUUUCAUUUUCUUGGGACUGCUUUGUGUUAUGAAAAAGUUUCUUGUGUUGUUAACUUUUAUUUCAUAUUUACUUAAAAUAUAUCAAAUUAUUUCGAAAACAGAAUGAUUGUAACCUGUCUUAUACUGUUUUAAUUAUCAAUAAUACGUUUCAUGUAUAUGUAGUCAUUAUUAUUGUAUAUUUCUCUUUUCUUUCUUGAGAGUCUAUUAUGGAGUUCAAAUUGAGAAUAAUACAAUUUUAAACCAAAGUGAAAAGUAUGACUUCUCAUCGGUUAUCAAGGGUUUAGACGAACAUGAUACGCAUGUCAAUGAUUCGUUUAAUAGCACCCACUAGCAAUUACCCGGAUAAUGAAUGUUUCCCUUAGAUUCAGCCCUUAACAUUAAAAAUUCAUUUUGCAUGCAUAUAUAUAUACUG